ACAAAAACAUGACAUUAUUCAGGUAUAUUCUUAGAACUUUCAAUAUUAACUGAUUAUCAGAAUAUCAUGCGAUAUGAUAUUGGACUGCAACAAUGUUUGGUUUAGGACGUUUGGACGUAGGCCCUAUGGUCUCGACGGAUAUUGGGUUGCAACAUGUUCAUGUUUCUUUGAAAUGAUGAUGAAAUCGGAAUUGAGGAUUUUUAAUGUUUCAGCAUGACCAAGGAACUAACCACAUGUGUGUAGUGACAGAAUAUGACAGGCAAAGGAGAGUUCUUCAUUUAGUUCAUACUUGUUUGGAACCUAGAUUUCUUUGAGUAUUUGACCGUGAGAACCUCACUUGAGACAGCCACCAUCAUGAGACCAACGAGAAGAAAUUCUUUCACUUCAAGUCUUGAUGUCAACUCCCUUUCCACCGAUGUGUACACUUUGGAGAAGACCGGACGGGAGGUUGCCCGUAGCCGGUGGAUCACGGUCGAACCGCUUUUGAUUCUCUCCAACAUGGCCAGCGCUGGCCUUCUGGUGACGAGGUUGCAAUACCUGCGCGUCCGCAUCGCGCACGACAAAUUCAACCAAUCAGCGGACUCGGGCGCGAACGAGUCAUCAGAAUGCGACGCAGCCAUCAGAAAUAGCAGUAGUAUCGAUCUACAGCAGGCGAUUCAAGUCCAGCUAUCACUAUAUUCUUUAAUCUUGAACGCUCUGAGCACAUUUCCCGCCAUUUUCUCGACGAUACUCAUCGGAUCGCUGAGUGAUCGUAUCGGUCGGAGAGUCGGCCUUGUUGUUCCGAUCGUUGGUUUGGUGAUCCAAUGCGCGUUGUAUGUUGCUGUAUUCUACGCGCAUCUGCCGAUAUGGGUGUGCUUUGUCGCUGAUACGCUACAGGGAAUUGCAGGUGGUUAUGGGCUUCUGCUCAGUACAGCCUCCGCAUACAUCGCUGAUAUCAGCACUGUGGAGCAGCGAACGUGGCGUCUCGUCAUCGCGGAGGCGGCGCUUGUUCUCGGCUCCGGGCUGAUUCAACCAAUCAACGGCUUUAUCAUAGACUAUUUUGGAAUGGGCGUGGCGUUCUGGACUUCGCUGGGCGUGUCGUUGCCAGGGUUACUGUAUGCCGCAUGUCCCUUAACCACACCGGAAACUGUAAUGGAAGAAGCAGAGGAAACCUUGUCCGAGUACAUCAAAGAUAUUUUUCGAGGUAUUUAUCGCCUGCUUUCCAUCAACGUGAACGGGAGACGAUGGAAGAUAAUCGUUCUCUAUAUCGCCGAACUUUUCUUAAAUACUGUCAUCAACGGACUUCAAAUUAUACCCACAUACGGGCUAGGUCCACCGUUCUGCUGGGGACCGCGUAUAGUGGGCUACUUUACCGCCGCCGUGGCUAUAUUACCCGUCAUUGGUGUAACGGCAGCAGUGAAAAUUUUUGCAUACUGUAUGAAUGACCUCUGGAUGAUUCAUUGUGGGACACUCGCUAUGGCAGUAGCCUGCAUAGUCACAGGUGUGGCGCCCUCUACGUUGUACUUAUUCAUAGCACUCGCCCCGUAUAGCGUUGGAUGUCUGAUAUCACCCGUUCUUAAAGGUGUUCUUUCGAAACUCGUUGAUGAACACGAACAGGGUUCAGUCUUUGCCCUUGCUGGGUGCAUGGUGAAUAUUUCUCAGUUCGUUGGACCGGUUUUAGCAAACGCCCUCUACGCUUCAACUGUGUCAUUCUAUUCACCUCUUGUCUUUUAUGUUUUCGCUGGAUUACUGACGAUUCCAACAAUACUGAACGGGAUUGUUCAAAGAUACGGGACAGAAACUCAUAUUGGAUACACACGCAUACCAGACGAUGACGACUGAUCAUCCGAUCGCAGUACGAUCAUUUCGUUUGAUCGACUGAUGUUGUUUUGGAUGGCAUCAUGUCGAUUCUAUGGGGUUUUUUCUGUUUCUGUUAUUGUAACUCCCGUAGGAACUCGGCAGGACAGCUCUUAGCUGGUGUAAUAUGAUAUGAUCAGGAUAUAUAUAACCAUAGUCAAAAUGCAUCUCCAUUAAUUGCAUCAAGAAAUAUCAAGGAUUUUAUACUUAUAACUUAUAAGGCUCUGGCUAGUAGGUGCUGUAAGAUACCCUCGGCAUGUAUAACAAAAUCGCGACUCGGGCGUAUUUUGGUACCUAAAUUGUUCCAAAAAGACAAAGUGAUCAUACACCUAUAUCUAAAAGUUUGAAAAAUCAUAAGUUCUGUAUAAACAAAAUCGCGACUUGGGUGUAUUUCGGUACUCAAAUUGUUUCAUGUGAUCAUCCACCUAUAUUUAAAAGUUUAUAUUAAACAAAAUAAUAAAUGCUGUAUGGGGUACGAAUUCAUGGUACAUUCCACCAAAAGUUAAAACGUAUAUUGAUUAUUGUUUUUACAGCAUAUACUGCAUAAUCAUGAUAUAAAUAGAAUGCAGUGAUUUGAGCCCGGCAGUAGAGUUAUAAUUAGAGAUAUUAAAUUCAAUUGUUUUAUUGCAAUGGGGCCGAUCCCCUAAAGGGGGUUGAUUUGAAUCGAUUUUGAUAGUUUUAACUUUACCCAUUU